AUGCUAGAUUUGAAAAACCAACGUCAAUCGAUUCGAGCUUCUUUUUCCAAUCUCAAUGAGAAAGACAAGAGUGAUUAUCAAAUUCGCUUAAAUGUCUCGAUUAAUGUGGUAAUGUUUAUGCUAAGAAAUGGAUUAUCAUUUCGUGGUCAUGAUGAGAGUGAAGAUUCCGAAUACAAAGGUCUUUUUCUUGAACUUUUGGAAUUUCAUGGAAAUAACCAUCCGGAUGUGGAAAAGGUAAUAUUACAACAUGCUCCAAAAAAUGAUAUGAUGAUUUGUUCGACAAUUCAAAAGGAUAUCAUGGAUUCUUGUGCUAAAGAAACAAUUAAAGCUAUCAUCAAAGACUUGGAUGGUGAUUAUUUUGGUAUAUUAGUUGAUGAAUCAAAGGACAUCUCACAUAAAGAGCAAAUGGCCCUAGUCUUGCGACACGUUGACAAAAGUGGAGAGUUGAUAGAGCGCUUUUUGGGCAUUGUCCAUGUGAGUGAUACAUCUGCAAGAUCAUUACAGAAAGCAAUUUAUUCUUUACUUGAGGAUCACUUGCAAUGUUUAUCAAAAUUACGUGGACAAGGUUACGAUGGAGCUAGUAAUAUGCAAGGAGAAAAAUAUGGCCUAAAGUCUUUGAUUUUGCAAGAUGCUCCAUCUGCAUAUUGUAUUCACUAUUUUGCUAAUCAGUUGCAAUUGGCACUUGUCGCUCUGUCUAGAAAACAUUCGGCUGUGAAAAAUUUCAUUUAUGUUGUCACUAAUAUAUUGAAUACUAUUGGAACAUCUUUUAAGCGCAGGGAAUUACUUCGACAACACCAAGUGGAGAAGUUGGAAGAAUUGCUUAAAGUCGGAGAGAUUUUUACUGGGCAAGGAUUGAAUCAAGAAUGUGAUAACAUUCAGGAAUUUGAAUUUGUCUUUAUUUUGCAUUUGGUGUUCAAGAUGUUGCUUUUUACAAAUGAAUUGAACAGAGCUUUACAAAAGAAAGAUCAAGAUAUCGUCAAUGCUAUGGAGUUGCUUAACCUUGCAAAGAUAAGAUUGCAAAAAAUGAGAGAAAGUGAAUUGGAGUCUUUGAUCGAUGACGUUUAUUCAUUUUGUGGAAAACAUGAAAUUUUGAUUCCCAAAAUGGAUGAUGACUAUCCAAGAUCGAAGCGUAAGAGGUCCGGAGUUUCAUAUUUACAUCACUUUCAUGUGGAAGUAUUUUAUGCAGUUAUUGAUUUGCAACUUCAGGAGCUCAAUAAUCGUUUUGAUGUUGUGGCUAGUGACUUACUCGAUCCUUAG